AGAGAGAACAGUGGCACAGACAUUGGUGUUUUCCUGCGGGCGCCACUGGAUUAGACCAGGAUGUACAGCUUCAUGGGCGGGGGCUUGUUCUGCGCUGCCGUGGCAAAUAUCCUGCUGGUGGUGUCCACCGUGACGGACUACUGGAUGCAGUAUCGGCUCGCUGGCAUCUUUGCCCACCAGGGACUCUGGAAAUACUGCUUCGCUGGGAAAUGCUACCUCCAAAUGGAGAGCAUUGCUUACUGGAAUGCCACCCGGGCCUUCAUGAUCCUGUCAGCGCUCACCUGCUUUGCGGGCGUCCUCACAGGGAUCCUGUCCUUUGCCCAGUUCUCCGCCUUCCAGCGUUUCAACCGAUCGUUUGCUACCAGCGUUCUCUUCUUCGCUUCCACACUAUUUGUCCUCCUAGCGAUGGCGAUUUACACCGGGGUCACGGUCAGCUUCCUGGGCAAGCGAUUUGGAGAGUGGCGUUUUGCGUGGUCCUACAUCUUGGGCUGGGUCGCCCUUCUGAUGACCUUCUUUGCAGGUAUAUUUUACAUGUGUGCCUACAAGAUGCACAAAUGUCAGCAACUGGCUGUCGCCAACUAGGUUUACUACAUUCCUUGUGGGCUCUGCGAUGAACAGAUUCCAGUGGGAUUCCAGUGGUGGCCUACCGUGCAGGGUUGUUGUGAGUGAUGAAUGUGAAGCAUUUGGAAGAGGAGUCCCCCACCCCAGAAUGAAGAUGCAGAGGCAAGGAAACGGUGCCAAAUGUCUGAAUGGGGCUCAUGACAGUGCCCCGGCAGAAAAGGAAACGGUGGAUCAGAAACCAUACAGUCUUUCAAGGUUUAUUCUAGCUUGCAGCUAGACAUAUUUUCUGCAGUGCAAGCAAACCAACCAGCCAUGCAGUGGGAAAGUUUUUGUGUAGCUGGGCUUGUGGAAUCCAACACGGAAGUAAAUGGUUCCUUAAAAGGAACAGAGAAGAAAAGGAAACAGAAUAAAA